AGAAAAAAAAAAGAAUGAAUGAGAAGAAGGAGCUCCCGGAGAACAUGAGAGAAGACAGUUUAAAUGAAGAAACCAAGUGUUUAAUCUCAUCCCUUCCUUCUCACAAAGAUUUUCUAGGGAAGCAGCUAUACAACUACCAAGGAUGUUGGUACUACCCCAACACUCUUCAAGGAGUUUUAAAUUUCCAGAAAGGUUUCAAGCCUCAAGAAACCGAUAUAAUCCUCGCUUCUUUCCCUAAAUCCGGCACCACUUGGCUCAAAGCCCUCACCAUCGCUCUCUUUGAGAGAUUCAACAACACUUCUUCUUCUAAUCAUCCCCUUCAGUCCGAUAAUCCUCAUGGCUUAGUACCCUUCUUGGAGAUGAGUCUUUAUCACAAAACCUCAACACCUGACCUGACCAAGUUCUCAUCAUCUCCGAGGCUGUUCUCGACUCACAUGCCCUUCCAUACGCUUCAAGCACCCUUCAAGGACGACUCCUCUCGUUGCAAGAUCGUGUACGUGUGUAGGAACGUGAAGGACGUGUUGGUAUCUCAAUGGUAUUUCAGGUGCGCUUAUCUUGGAAAAGAGGUAGAAGACAAAAGCAUUCUCGAGUCUUCGUUUGAGUCAUUAUGCAGUGGAGUUGGCUAUUUUGGACCCUUUUGGGAGAAUGUAUUGAGCUACUGGAGAGGUAGCUUGGAAGAUCCUCAACAUGUUCUCUUCAUGAGGUACGAGGAAAUAAAGUCAGAGCCCUCUGCUCAGGUUAAGAGACUUGCUGAGUUUUUGGGUUGUCCAUUCACUGAGGAAGAGCACGGGUCUUUGGACAAGAUCUUGGAACUUUGCUCUCUACGUAGUUUGAGCAGUAUGGAGAUCAAUAAGACUGGAAAAACUUCGAACAAUCUAAAUCACUCUAGUUUUUUUCGCAAAGGAGAAGUCGGUGACUCCAAGAAUCAUCUCACUCCUGAGAUGGAAACCAAAAUCGACAUGAUCAUCGAGGAAAAAUACAAAGGCUCCGGUUUUAAAUACUGAGUGAAUGUAUGAUUUGUGCUUUCCUUUAAUGGAAUUGUACUAAUAAUAGUAAUAAUUCAUUACUGAUGUGUGAUUUGUGCUUUCCCUUAAUGGACUACUAAUA